UGGUCAGGCUGGUCUCAAACUUCUGACUUCAGGUGAUCUGCCUGCCUCAGCCUCCCAAAGUGCUGGGAUGUGCUUUCCAGAAGCAAAAGCUACCCAAAUGAUUUAAUAUGGCACUUCUGUGGAAUUUUUACCCCACAAUAGCUAAUCAAUAUUAAUUUUCUCAUACUUGCAGACAAUAUUGCUCCCUGAACAACAAUGGAGAAGCUCAGAUUUUAUUUGACAAAUUUGGUAUAGUAGAUUUUUACUUUAUAUAUAUUUGGGGAGUGUUGUGCUUAUACAAAUAUAUAGAUCUGGUGCUUGGAGGAUAGUAGUAAAGUGAAAUGUUUUCUUAAUUACUUUAGGGAAGCAACUCUUCCUAUUGUUUAGCUGUCUUUACUUCUAGCCUGCAAGAGCCGAAAUCAGUAAACUCACCAGGUGAAACCAGUUUUCUAGUGGAAGCAUAGAUACGAACUUGCAUUAAUUUUGUUUCCUUCUAUUUGGAGUUUGACAUUUCAUCUCUCAGGCUAAGUAAAUUUCAAUCAUGAGAGACUCCUGGUAACCAAAUGUUGUAUUUAGAAAUGUUAUUUAAAGCUGUUAUUUUUUAUUUUUAGAGCUGGAACGUCUAAAGUUUCAUAAUGUAUAGGCUAAACUUCAGAACACGUGUUAAACACAUUCUCGUUCUAAUUCUAGAGAUUAUAUAGAGUAUUACAUAAUUUGGAGUAUUUUCUCCCUUUGCUCAGAGUGUUAGCUAUUGGAAGAUCAAAAUAUAUUUUUCCCCAUAGGCUUUAAUUUGUAAACCUACUUGUAGGUUAUUUAACUGUAUUUAUUUUACAGAUCUACAUUUCAUAAAAAUAUGGAUGAUCAUUCCUUGUGUUGUUAGAAGUAUAUCAGUAAUUGAGGCCAACAAUUACAUCCACAUUACGUAUGCUAUUUGGGGGUGAGAGAGGCAUGUUCCCAUUUACAAAUUUGUUUAUUAGAGAAGCCAGAUCUGUUAGAAUCAAUUAUGUAGAUUUAGAUAAUUUUGAUUUUCCAUGUACGCUGUCGAAAGACACAUCUUAACCAGAUUGGUGUGUGUUGUGACUUUGCCCGCAGUGUAGAAGUGGAUCCUGUCAUCUGUUUACCGUUGGUGGGUAUUGAACUAUAUUGAUGUUCCAAUCCAUUGCAUGGCUCCAUGAACAAAAUUUGAAUCUGGCUCAAGCUGAGUGUUGGAUGGGUGGCAGAAGCAGAGGAAGGGUGUAGUAGAGUCUGAAGCAAGGAGAGAGAGAGGGAAAUGCUAGGUGUGGUAAGAACUGCCAUGUUGUCGCUUGGCUGGAGCAUCGGGCAAACGGAGGGCAGUCCUGAGAGAUGUGUCCCAGAGACAUGAGCCCGUCCUCAAGGCCUGAGCUCCUGGCUGGGAGUUGGCUAACUUUGUUCAGGAGGCAAAGGGAGCCAGUGACAGGUUUUAAACAGAAAGAUGGAUAAACACACUAGGCAUGGCCAGCACCUUUGAAUUGUUUUCCAGAAACCAAGGUUUGGCCUGGCUUCCAACAUUUGGCAAAAUGAAACUUUGGAGAAGGAAAGGAACAGUGGAGGCCCAUGGCUCAGAUUACAUGCUUUCAUUUAAUACCUUUUUUUCUUUCAGUCAAAGCCUGUAGUAACUGAAGUCUGUGGUCUUCAUACCACAGAGUUCUCUAUUCUUUAGGGAAGGUGGUCAAGGUGAGAGACAGUAGUCCUGUACAUGUGAAGGGUUAGGCAGAGACCUGGAGUUAUAGGAUUAUAGGAUACUCACAAUUGGUAUCCUAUAGCUGCUGAAGCUUUGUUGCCCUGCGAGUUAGUAAUUGUUUCUUUGAAUAAAAUAGUCUUGUCUUUACCUUCCAUUUAUAUGUGCUGAUGAUUCAUUACCAGAGGAGGGCUGAUGUAGCUACUUCUAGAUCAUGCCAGUACAUGAUACCAUUCCACUGAAAAAAAAAAAAAAGAAAGAAAGAAAAGAAAAAAGGAAAAAGAAAAACAUGCUUAAUAGCCAUUUUUAGACCUGGGCUAAAAAGCUAAAAAUGUUGAUCGUUAGAUAAUAGACAGAAAGCAUAGUUGUUCGUUUCAGAAUUCAUUUGACCACUACACUGGAUAUUUUGGUUUAAACUUCUUAAACUAAGUAGUCCAAGAGAAACAGAAUUUCCCUCCAUGGCAUCUCAUUGUGAAUUGCAUUUGCCUGAUGAUCUCGCUCUCACUGGGGAGAGGAAACUCUCGCCACCACUGGCUCCUAUAACCCAGGUUGUCCUGGUCUUCCCUGACUGACUCCUGUUACUUUUGGUAAAGUCACAGCUUUGCUUUCUUGAUUUCCACAGCACAGAGUUUUCUGUUCCUUUUGGUGAGAAGGAAGGGAAUGGCUUUCUGAAGUACCCGAGAUGGGAAGAACACAGUUCUCUGUUGUGCAUGGUCUUGAACUGUGUCCAUCUGGUUACCCCCGUGUGGUCAUGUUCCUUGUUCAUUACCCCCUUGAAGUACAAUGCUCUGGGCACUCUGCCUCUCCUGCUGCUGUCUAAGAAGGCAUUAGUUUUUUUCAUUGAUGAGUCAUUGAACGUAUAGGAAACCCAGAUUCUUGAGGUUUUUUUUUUAAAUAAAAAACUGUAAUAAUUAACUCUUAUUAAUUCAUAUCUCUGUUUUGCAUAGUUGUUUUUAAAUGUGAAUAUAAGACUUAAUUUUUGUCCCAAUUAAUUUUUUCCUUAAUGUGAAUCUUUUCAGAUUCUCUUUGGAUGGGGUUCUGAUUUGCUCAGCUUCUAUAUUGGCUGUUCCUCCUCCUAAAGUGGUGUCAUCUAGAAGUUUGAGAACUAUCCCAUUGACAUACUUAUCAAUCAGGUGAAUAUACUAGAAUGAAUGCCUUGUAAUGUAUCACUGAAGGCAUUUUCUCCAAGUUUAGUCUUUAAGCCUGACUAUUACUCUCCUGACACACAUGAACUCAAAUGGUAUUCUGGAAGAAUUUAAUAUCUUGCUUAAGUCCAGAAUAUUUCAAAUGAAUCUGGGUAUACCUUGCAAUAUUGGCCUACUGCCAAAGAUGGCUAUGAUGUGGGAUUAGGUUAGCACCAGUAAGGAGUUAGAAGCAAUGAAAAACAGUGUGGUUUAUGAGAAGGAGGGUUUUCAUUUUAUACCACUGUUUGAUUUGGUUAUUCUCUAUUCUGUUGAAUUAGUUCCUUGAAUAUAUGGCCAUCUGUUUUUCUCCUAAAAGAAUGUAAAAUAUCUGAUUUGAAGCUCUAUGGGAAUAACUGGAUUAGCCAACAGGUGGACUUUGGAGCCAAGUGUUUGUCAGCCUGAAUGUCUGUGCAGUUUUUCCAGAGAAGACUUGUCUACUUUGGAGAUGUUGGCCUGGCUUCCAACAUUUGGCAGAGUGAAACUUUGGAGAACGAAAGGAACAGUGGAGGCCUGUGGCUCAGAUGACGUGCUUUCAUGUAAUACCUUUUUUUUUUCUUUCAGUCAAAGCCUGUGGUAACUGAGGUCUGUGGUCUUCAUACCACAGAGUUCUCUGUUCUUUAGGGAAGGUGGUCAAGGUGAGAGACAGUAGUCCUGUACGUGUGAAGGGUUAAGACAGAGACCUGGAGGUCUAGUCUCUCUCUAAAUAAACUUACAACUAGUUUCUCAAGUUUCCAGCCUCAUGUCUCACUCCUGUUUUUUGUGGUGAACAGUCUCUCCAAACUUGAGCCUCUCUGGGUUUCUGUGAGAGUAAAUUAUUUUUCUUGUUAUCUCCUCCGUAGCGUCUUUAGGCUAUAGCAGAGUUAAGGAAGUUAAAUUGGGCAUCAUUCUGUCUACUUUGUCUUUCCAAAAUUUGUUGAAAUCGCUCCUCUGCUGUCUUUCCUCCUAUUCUCUUGCCCUUAGCUAUUUAAUUUUUAUUUUAUUUGCUAUCAUUUUAGUCGUUCUUGGAAAGGAAAGGUGAGAAGUAUGCAGUCAAUCUGCUACAUUAAACCAGAGGCCUAUAUUAUAUUAUACUCCUAAGAAAAGACUGCAAGUUAGUUGAGUUUCUGUACAGUUUAGAGCAAUAUGUCAUAUAGCUGAAAGCUUAUUACUAUGAAAUUAAAGCUAUUUCUAAAUGACCUAUAAUGACACACUGACAUUACUCAGUUUCUGAUUCGACUAAUUUAUCAGACAUCCAGAGGAUCUGGUGGUUGUUCCUUGUGUGGGAGCUGCAUGAUGUCCUGGAGGAGCAGUGUUGUGGAAUGGGGCAAGGGUGUCCUCUCACCUGACUCUAUGAUGCUCUGAGUCAAAUUACUCCCCUCGCCUAGUACCCAGCUCCUUAUUUUGUGAAUAAGGGUCUGGUCCUCAAGGUAUUCUCAGUUUCUCUGGUCCUGAGGCUGUGCCUUCUGGAGCACAGAUUCUGGUGGACUCUAAUGCAGACCUCCAUCCACUCCUCAACAGCAAUGGUACAUUAACUGGGUGAUUUAAAUGGCCCAGUUGGCUCUUUGAGGAUAGGAAAAAAGAUGAGAAAUCCUGUUACAGUUGGCAUUAGACUCUUAAAGGAAGGGAAAUGUGAUAUUAGAGCAACCUCCAUUGAAACCAUCCUCGCUGUAAAUAGUGUCACUGAUGUAUUAAAGAAGACAUAUCAGAGGAAGGGGAGUGGGUUCAGUGGAGUCAAGCUACGUAUGCUAGAGUAGAUAUCAUGAAUCAUGCGAUCGACUUAUGUCCUGUUCAGCUGAAAGAUGUAAACAUAGCUAGUCUCAAGGCCUAAAAACAGAUUCCACACCUGUCCUAAGCAGAUCAAUUCAAUAUGGUCUGAGUUCUAGGUUUAUUUCAGUGGAAAGUUUAGAAAUGGACUUCAAAUUAGUUUAAAUAAUAAUAUUAGCUCAUGUAAGUCCAGGAGUGACUUACUCGUGGCUAGAUCCUGAGGCCUGGGUAUAUUUAGGCCUCACUCUCUUACCAUCUUUUAAUUGGGUCAAGUUCUCAACCCCUAGCCAACUACUGUGCUGGGGAGAAGGGUAUCCUGACUGUCCUUCCCUAUGCAGCCACACAGAAGGGAGAGGAGUGGUGGAAUGGGAGAGACUGACAUGACAGCUUUCUGCCACCCUCCACUCUAUAUGUGGAAAGUAUAAUCACUUGUGAAGAUUUAAUUUGCAGAAUAGGAGACCAGAAAAGAGUAGGAAAUUUGGACUUUUCGAAAAGGCAGAAGCCACUGGAGGAUACAAAUCAUACAAUGAGUGACCAGAUGAGAUUUGUAUCUGAAGCUCAACCUGAGAUCUGUGUGGAGACUCAGUCACCUUAAAUUGAGUUGGAAAUAGAAAACCAGGUAAUGAUGAGAAACUGACAGGACCUGGCCCAGAACCAGGAAUCUGUCUUCCACCACGUUUGGAUUUCACCCAAAAAGGAGUUGCCAGUUCGCCGUGGGAAAUCUGACAAAUGAGAAACGUGUAUAUAAAAGUGAGUGUAAGUACCAUAGUUGCCUAAAAUAAGCACCCCAGGCUUAGACUCCAUCCACAGAAGCCGUUCCUCAAUGAAGUGUUUGCCACAAAUGGGCUGCACUUCGAAGUCUCAGAACUGGAGUCCUGUUCACCAUCUGGACAUUACUACGGAGAUCCUUCCUAGUGAUGGCCAAGCCCACAUCCUCUUCUCUGAGAUCAUGGUCCCAGAGAUCCACAAAUGGAUUUUAGCAAGUGGAUUGAAUGGAUUUCACUCAAACCACUUAAAAAUGUGUGAGGACAAGGUCUGUUCCACUUACCAGGUUCAGAGGGUGCUAAACUGAAGGCGUUUGAGAACUCUGCUGCAUGAGAGGACCCCCUGAAGAAAGGGAGUACCCUGCUUCCUCUCAGAGCUGCCCUUUUGGGAUGUCAAACUCCUGUUACCCAAUGUGUCUCCGAAAGAGACCCACAGUAUAAUGGAUGUUUGCAUGGCAGAUUUAUUCCUGGGGCUGUCCCUGCUGAAACAUGGAACAUGUUUUUCUAAAGAGAUCUUGUUAUCAAUAUGGCAGCAAAUGAAAGUAAUGCUGAUGUUAUUGUUUCAACUAACAGUGUCCAAACUUCUCUGUUUAAAUAAAGUUUGAGUUUUAACGGCUUGUGUCUCCAAUUUAUGUAUAUUUACAAAUUAAAUACUUUUAGUACUGUAUUAAUGUUAUAUAUCGUAAAAAGCAGAAGCAAACUAGAUGUUAAAGGAUAAGAUGAAAAAAACAUAUACAGGAAUAUUCUCUUCACAUUUCAAUGAAUUGUCAUAGUUACCUCAUCUUUUAAACCCUUUGUUACCUCAGUUUAAACCCAGGGAUUAAAUAGAUGUUGCAGAGUAAAUUGGAAAUAUGUACCCUCUUCUUGUAACUGCUUCUUUGGAAAUUAUGUUUAUAAGUUCUAAACAACCAUUUUAUAAAAAUUGGAAAUGCAGUUUUGUUAAAAAUUUGAGACCAUUAGUCUUUUUCUCCUGCCAUAUUGGAUCACCUUGAUAGUCGAAGCAAACCAUGGUAAGAAGGGAAUUGCAGUCUUCCCAAUCCCACACCCAUUGGCAUGUGGGAGGAUGAAACUAAUCCAAUGUGCUGACAUUUUUUUCUAAUCUCUGGUCUCUUUGUUUAUACUAUGAACUCAGCAUUAAUAGCCUUCAUUUUUGAAUUGUAUACAACCAAACAACAAAACCUUAAAUUUGGGGAAAAUCUGUAAGCAAAAUUGGGUGUGUCGUAAAGCACCAGGAUUUUUUUGUUUUUUUGUUUUAAAAGCUUUAUUGAAGAGUCUUUUCAGGAGAGAGAGUGAAAUGCGGGACUUGCUUUCUUCUGGGUUAUCUGUCACGUAUAAUUGCCAAAUAGGAAAUAGGAGAAAAGACUGGAAUGAAAUAUACAAAAUUCUACCAUUAGUUGUGGAUAGUGAUGUUUUAGGUGACUUUUCCCCUUCAUUUCUCAGUUUUUAGUGAAAUAAUUGCUUUGUUUAAAAACCAGGAAAAAAAGUUUCCAAAUAUUACUGCCUUUCUGAAAAGUGCCAGAAGCUCAUCAGUUUGAUUUAAUGUCUAAUUCAGCAGUGGUGCCUCUACCCGCAAUGCCUGGUAAUUUUUGCGCCUGAGUUUAAGUGACUGUGUGGUUGCAUGCAUUUUGCUGUGAGUGCUACUUAUGCCAUGAGGGAAGCCAGAUAUAGCUGCAUUCUUGAUGUCUGUCUGAUAUCAGUCUUGCAGCCAGAAAUUUUUGAGGUCUUUUUGCUGAAGGAGAGAAAAUCCACAAAGCACACUUCCUCCACCUCUGUUUCCCUACUUCAGUUUUUUCCCUCCCCAGCUCCCCAAACCAUACUCAUUCAUGGAAAUUAUUUUUCUGCUGUCACUGGAAAAUAAUACAAUUCUGAUACUUCAGGCAUGAGAUGACUGAUUGUUUUUCAGUGCUCUUGCCUUAGACAAAAUUAAAUCACCAGCAGUGUGUCGCCAACACACAUCAAAGCUCUUGUCUCUCUGGGUUCUGUGAGAGCCUUGCAAGUUUCUGAAUCAGUCAGAAAUUAUUGUGGAGCUGAGACUAAUGAAUGAGGAAGUUCUCUUUUAUUUUUCAGAUAUAAUUUCUCUCGUAGCCCAUGUGUGUGCUUGUGCUUUCUCUGAAAUACAACUGGCCCGUUUUCCCCUGGCCUGUGUUUCCUCCCAGUGCCUUGGUGACUGCUGUCAUUUUAAUACAAGUAACCCUUCUUGACAGAAAUAAGAUUAGGUAAUUUUCUGACCUUCUAAUCCCAGAGGCACCAAUUCUCCUGGUUUGCCAUUUUGGUUUUACGUUUUUCUAGAAAAAUAUUUUUGAACAUUAAAUGAGUAGUGGAAGCAGUUGGCAGUUGCUUUUCAUGGAACACAUUUAUUUCCACAUAUCAAUGAAAAUACCCAAGUCAUAUUAAAAUAUUUUUGUGCUACCGAACUCAGAAAUUUUUGUGGUAUUAGCGUUAAGCAUAAUGGCCCAAAAUGUACUCAUUAAAAAGUAGAAAUAAAAUGUUCACGUUUUUGCCUCAGUGAUCUCAGUAGUAUAUUUAUACCAAUUAAAUAUUUAACUUACAUAUAAACCAUAUUCUAUGGUUCCUCUUAAGAAGCAAGAUACUUAGUGGACAGUAUAUGCCAUGAUCUGUUCCCUGAAGGUGUAUACAUUUCCAAGUUUCCUUUGAACAGGCAAAUUCAGUCAAUUAGCAAGUAUUUAAUGAAUUCCCCAAGGACUUCCAGUGGAUCAGGAGCCCUGUUGCCACUUUCCUUCUCAAUUUUUUCAACUUGACAGAGUGAAAACAACUGACGUUCAGAGUCUGAUUUCUUUCAGUAUAUUCAUUGUAGCUUUAUGUUUUUAAAACUUCAUGAUAAAUUCAGUCAAGGAAGAAAGGAGUGGGAAUGCGCUUCCUGACCCAGUCUCCCAGCGAAGCCACCCACCAAGUGUAGCCACACCGCCUGUCUCCCUGAACAAACACCCGAUCAGUUUGAGGAGGGAGGUGCCUUAGUUCUCCUCUAGAGCUGUGUAUUCUUCUGAGUUUCCAUCUGCUCUCCCCUAACCUAGGUGUUCAGCUUAAUAAUUUAUUGUACCUCAGAGUGACUCACUUCGAAAUUGUGAUAUUAAUCGUUGGCAACACUAACAGUGAAGAUAAACAUUAUAAUGGCACUCGAUUAUAUGCCUGGACUCAUUGUAAGUAUUUUAUAAUUAAUAAUCUAAUGAAUCUUCAACUACCGCAACAACCCUAGACAUAAUUAUCCCCAUUUUCCAGAUAAGGAAGUGGAGACACAGAAAAAAAUUAAGUAACAUGUCCAGAGUCAAAUAGCUAGUAAGUAAUACAACUGAGAUUUAGUCAUGGGAGUGUGAUUCCAAGAGCCCAUGCUCUUAUCCUCUGUACUGCCUCCCUCUGGGCCCGGAAAGCUUUUCUGCCACCAGCAUUUCUAGGAUUUAUUGAAAUUUGCAUUCCACAUUCUUGGUGUCCUUGGUUUAUGCAGCAAAUGCAGCAAUAGUAUUUCAAACCUACAUUCAAGCAUACCUCACCUCUCAGCUGCCAUCUCACACUGUCUUGGGAGUGUGGCUCAUUGUGCAGAUCAGAGAACCCUUAAAAGGGGAUCUUGCAGCCAGCAUUUUUACCUGUGAUAGAAUUUACUCUUCAAAGGCACCUAAGGAGCCCGACCUGAACCUGAGGAAAUCCGACCUACCUAGGUUAGGAGACCAAGGAAAUGAUAGUGGGAACAUCACCAAUGCUGCCUCAAUCAUCUGGACUCUCUCCAACUUUAGCAGAUCCUGACUGAAUUUUAACAGCUACCAAAAUCAGGUCAAGGAGGCAGAAUAGACACAUGUUCAGACUCAGUUCUUUGUGUUCUCCAGAGCUGGAGCUGCAGAACUGGGCAUAACAUUGAAAUGAAAGAAUACUCCCUCAAAAUGAUUUGUUUCCUGGAAGAAUGUAAAGUGGGGAAAGUCUCUUUACUGAAAUGGUUUCUCCGCAGGAGAAAUGGCGCCCAGUCCAGAAAUCUUUUUUAUACCUUAAAUAAAGGAAUACUUCUCCAAGCCCUGAAUCUCCUUGUGUAGUUUUGUCAUGAAGGGACAUGAGCCAGGAGAGAGUUGCCCAGCACUGUGCCCUCAAAUGGCGGGAUUGUUAAAUCCACAUUCACCAUUUUAUUUGUGUUUCCCCACUCCGUUCCUGUAUGCAUGAUAGAGUUGGAUCUUUUUCAUUCCCAAGUACUAAAUUCCACUUAAAUUGAUGUUUUCCUCUAAGGAUUAUUCACCUUUCUCUUGUUUAGUGGAGUGAAGAAACUAAUGUACUUGCAUAGUCAAAUCAGAUGUAAAAAUUAUUUGGAAAUUGCUUUUGAGAAGUAAUAUGGAAUCUAUGUGUGUUUGGUUAUUGGAAUCUAAGGUAAAAAAGAGGCUAGUGUUUUCAUUUAGAGAAAAAUUCCUCUUUGAUUCAUUUAUCAAGUGUAUUGAAGUCAGACUUUUGAAGAACCCAGAAUAUGAAGUGAAAAGGAUGAGGAGAGUUUAUGGUGUUCUCUGAAUUGAUUUUUUUUUUUUUUUAAAAAAGCCCAUUUUUAUUGUGGAGCAGUUUAAAGUUUUAUAUGGCACCUUUCACCUUGGGCAGCUUUAGGAACAGAAUCGGCUCACUCAUGAACGAUUCCAGAAAGUCUGCUGGGCACAGCCUAGGAAAAGCAGAACUUACAAGGAGCAUUUUAGGAGCAUCGUUGGUAAUCACAUGCUCUUGGAAGUUUGCCAGAAGACUGAGGUUACCACCUGAAUUUCUGGCAGCGAGCUCAAGAAUCCUAAUUGGAUCAAGCCUUGGUUUUAUCUCCUUUCAUAAGAUAUUUAUGUCUGUUUCAUGUAUCUUUGGGCUGAAUUGCCAGAACCCAAGAGUUCAUAAUUAGACAAGAAACCUGCCACUGCUUUUAGUAGCUUGUGUUCUAUUUGUCAUCUGCAUAUCCGGGGCCUUUGAAGAAGUAUGGUAUUACGCACAAGGUUGGGUGGAGCAUUGAGUUUCCUUGAGGAAACGGGCAGGAAGAAGAGUCCCAUUUUAACUCUGGUUGUUUUCUAUAUAUAAUAUCUGCACUCAACAGAUAUUCUGUGUUUUUCUGUCUUUUUAAAGGGAAAUUGGAAACUAUGGGUAGAGAUAGAGACCUUUUUUGAGGGAUUUGGGUUUAGUAAAAAGCCUGUCUAGGAGGUCUUCCCUGGCAUGCAGAAGCUUAGGAAGAUGCUGCAGUGUGCUCCUCUACUAUGAUCUGAUGCAGAGUUGCCACUUCUAGUCACACUCCACAAAGGAAGAACGUGACUUAUAGUAAUGUGAAGAAUUCAUCUCACAUAUGCUAAACGUUGAAAGUGACCAUGGAGCAUUUAAAGCUCCAUUCGGCAGCCCUGGCAUCACUAAAGGGAGAUAUAGUGGAACUUAAUAAACGUCUCCAGCAAACAGAGAGGGAACGGGACCUUCUGGAAAAGAAAUUGGCCAAGGCACAGUGCGAGCAGUCCCACCUCAUGAGAGAGCAUGAGGAUGUCCAGGAGCGAACGACGCUUCGCUAUGAGGAACGCAUCACAGAGCUCCACAGCGUCAUUGCCGAGCUCAACAAGAAAAUAGACCGUCUGCAAGGCACCACCAUCAGGGAGGAAGAUGAGUACUCAGAACUGCGAUCAGAACUCAGCCAGAGCCAACACGAGGUCAACGAGGACUCUCGAAGCAUGGACCAAGACCAGACCUCUGUCUCUAUCCCCGAAAACCAGUCUACCAUGGUCACUGCUGACAUGGACAACUGCAGUGACCUGAACUCAGAACUGCAGAGGGUGCUGACGGGGCUGGAGAAUGUCGUCUGCGGCAGAAAGAAGAGCAGCUGUAGCCUCUCCGUGGCCGAGGUAGACAGGCACAUCGAGCAGCUCACCACGGCCAGCGAGCACUGCGACCUGGCGAUUAAGACAGUUGAGGAGAUUGAGGGGGUGCUUGGCCGGGACCUGUAUCCUAACCUGGCUGAAGAGAGGUCUCAGUGGGAGAAGGAGCUGGCUGGGCUGAGGGAAGAGAAUGAGAGCCUGACCGCCAUGCUGUGCAGCAAAGAGGAAGAGCUGAACCGGACCAAGGCCACCAUGAAUGCCAUCCGGGAAGAGCGGGACCGGCUCCGGAGGAGGGUCAGAGAGCUUCAAACUCGACUACAGAGCGUGCAGGCCACAGGUCCCUCCAGCCCUGGCCGCCUCACUUCCACCAACCGCCCAAUUAACCCCAGCACUGGAGAGCUGAGCACGAGCAGCAGCAGCAAUGACAUUCCCAUUGCCAAGAUUGCUGAGAGGGUGAAGCUAUCAAAGACAAGGUCUGAAUCAUCAUCAUCUGAUCGGCCAGUCCUGGGCUCAGAAAUCAGUAGCAUAGGGGUAUCCAGCAGUGUGGCAGAACAUCUGGCCCACUCACUUCAGGACUGCUCCAACAUCCAAGAGAUUUUCCAAACACUCUACUCACACGGAUCUGCCAUCUCAGAAAGCAAGAUUAGAGAGUUUGAGGUGGAAACAGAACGGCUAAAUAGCCGGAUUGAGCACCUCAAAUCCCAAAAUGAUUUCCUGACUAUAACCCUGGAGGAAUGUAAAAGCAAUGCCGAGAGGAUGAGCAUGCUGGUGGGAAAAUACGAAUCCAACGCCACAGCGCUGAGGCUGGCCUUACAGUACAGCGAGCAGUGCAUCGAAGCCUAUGAACUCCUCCUGGCGCUGGCGGAGAGUGAGCAGAGCCUCAUCCUGGGGCAGUUCCGAGCGGCCGGCGUGGGGUCCUCCCCUGGAGACCAGUCGGGGGAUGAAAACAUCACUCAGAUGCUCAAGCGAGCUCAUGACUGCCGGAAGACAGCUGAGAACGCUGCCAAGGCCCUGCUUAUGAAGCUGGACGGCAGCUGUGGAGGAGCCUUUGCCGUGGCCGGCUGCAGCGUGCAGCCCUGGGAGAGCCUCUCCUCCAACAGCCACACCAGCACAACCAGCUCCACAGCCAGUAGUUGCGACACUGAGUUCACUAAAGAAGACGAGCAGAGGCUGAAGGAUUAUAUCCAGCAGCUCAAGAAUGACAGGGCUGCGGUCAAGCUGACCAUGCUGGAGCUGGAAAGCAUCCACAUUGAUCCUCUUAGCUAUGACGUCAAGCCCCGGGGAGACAGCCAGAGGCUGGACCUGGAAAACGCAGUGCUGAUGCAGGAACUCAUGGCCAUGAAGGAGGAGAUGGCCGAGCUGAAGGCCCAGCUCUAUCUACUGGAGAAAGAGAAGAAGGCCCUGGAGCUGAAGCUGAGCACGCGGGAGGCCCAGGAGCAGGCCUACCUGGUGCACAUUGAGCACCUGAAGUCCGAGGUGGAGGAGCAGAAGGAGCAGCGGAUGCGGUCCCUCAGCUCCACUAGCAGCGGUGGCAAAGACAAACCCAGCAAGGAGUGUGCCGAUGCUGCCUCCCCAGCUCUGUCCCUAGCUGAACUCAGGACGACAUGCAGCGAGAGUGAGCUGGCUGCGGAAUUCACCAACGCCAUCCGUCGAGAAAAGAAGUUGAAGGCCAGAGUUCAAGAGCUGGUGAGUGCCUUGGAGAGACUCACCAAGAGCAGUGAAAUCCGACAUCAGCAAUCCGCAGAGUUCGUGAAUGAUCUAAAGCGAGCCAACAGCAACCUGGUGGCUGCCUAUGAGAAAGCAAAGAAGAAGCAUCAAAACAAACUGAAGAAGUUAGAGUCGCAGAUGAUGGCCAUGGUGGAGAGACAUGAGACCCAAGUGAGGAUGCUCAAGCAAAGAAUAGCUCUGCUGGAGGAGGAGAACUCCAGGCCACACACCAAUGAAACUUCGCUUUAAUCAGCCCUCACGCACCCGACUUCUGCCGUGGGAAGUAAACUGCAGCAGGCCACUGAGGAUAGAAGGGCCCAUGUACUUGUUGGGAGGAGGAGGAAAGGGAAGGCUGGCAGGUAGGUUGGCACUUGGACAAUGGAGUGCCCCAACUCAGCCCUUGGGGUGGACUGACCAUGGUGACACAGUGGACUGUAUCCAGAGGUGCCCACUCUUGCCUCCCUGGCCCACAACAGCAUGUCAACACAUGUUCUGUGCCUGCUCAGCAGAACCUUGUUUCUGCUUUCAGCAUUCACUCUCUCUUUCCUCUUCUGGUCUGGCGGCUGUGCAUCAGUGGGAUCCUAGGCAUUUGUUUCUGUAAGAUUUUCCAUUCUAUUCUCUUUUUGGUAGAUGGUGAGCUCUUCUAGGAUCUCCAGUUUCUCCUCUUUCCUCCUGCUUCAUGGGAAAACAGACGUGUGUGUGCCUCCAGCAUUUAAAAGGACUGCUGAUUUGUUUACUGCAGCAAGGCUUUGGUUUUCAAGUCCCAGGUCUCAACUUUAAGAUAGAGGCGGUCAUAAGAGGUGUUCUCUGGGAGUUACAGGUCAUGGGAAGAGGGUAGACAGGUGUUACUUACAGUCCCAGAUACACUAAAGUUACAGACCACCACCAGGACUGUGCCUGAACAAUUUUGUAUUAAGAGAAUAAAAACUUCCUUCAACCUUCAUUUUGGAGGCAGGGCCAAGGAAGGGAGCAUUCUCUUGAUUCUGGGAUUUCUCCCUCUCAGUGGAGCCUUAUUAAUAUCCAAGACUUCGAGUUGAGAAUCUUUUUGAUACCUAUAGUGGAACUAAAAUUUUAUCAGGGGUUUCUUCAAGAGCAGAGAAACAUUAGCACUUCCUGCCCCAGGGCCCUACAUAAUUGCUGUUCUGCUGAAUCAGAUCUCUUCCACAUGGGUACAUUUGUAGCUCUGGACCUGUCUCUACCUAAGGACAAGACAUUGAGAUACUGAACAUUUUGCAAAACUGAUCACGCCUACUUAAGAGUGUGCAUAACCCUCAGUUCAAGACUUAGCUCCUGUUGUCAUGAUGGGGACAGGGUGAAGGAAUGGUUGUUAAGGCUUCUUUUCUGCCCCCAGAUACAUGGUGAUGGUUAGCAUAUGGUGCUUAAAAGGUUAAAGUUCAAGCAAAGCGCUCACAGGGCUAGGCAGGACCAAAGUACCUGAAUUCUUUCAGGAAGGUCUUCCAUCUUAAAACAAAUUCAUUAUUCUUUUUCAGUUUUACCCCAUCUCUGUUCUACACUGAUACACUUGAAGGACCAUUUACUGUUUUUUUUCUGUAGCACCAGAGAAUCCAUCCAAAGUUCCCUAUGAAAAACAUGUUCCAAUGCCACAGCUGACUACAAAUUAAACUUGAUGAGGUUUCUGCA